AUUCUUCGUCAGUUCUCUUGUGGUCGAGGGCGUAUGCAUUCCGAUACAAACACCGUAUAGAAAAGAAGCAUCGGGAACUUGAAAUGUCAUACUUCAUGUUUAUUGUUAUGUCACGGGAACAUUCACGCUUUCCAUCACGGUGCGACUUCCGCAAUGAGGUCAGAAUCAACUUUCGCUCUCCACAAAUGCUGCUUCAGCUUCAAGAAAGCACAGAAGAAACAAUAUCUUUCGAUUGGUUAUUCUAGCAAAGAUAAUAAUGUGUUGUUUUGGUCUGUAAGCUUCAUAGUCGUUUUCAUCAGGCUUGGGAAAGUUUUCGGAAAUCGUAGCAUUUGUUUUGGUCUAAAGCCAAAACGAAACUUCAAGUCUGGAGAGGAGGGUAAAACCAGCGAGAAUGAAUGAAAAUCACGAUAUGCCGGACUGCAAACCGUUCAAAGUCAUCGUUUUCGGCGAAGCAGGUGUCGGAAAGUCCGCUUUGAGCAUUCGAUCCGUUUGCCAAGAGUUCUCGGACAGCUAUGACCCCACAAUAGAGGAUAACUACGAAACAGACAUUGAAGUGGAUGGAUACCCAAUCAAAGUUGCGGUGGUUGACACGGCAGGAAACGACGUGUUCCGGCGAAUGAGAGACCAAUACAUAAAGAAUGGGGACGGAUUCCUAUUGGUUUAUUCCAUAACAGACCGCUCCAGUUCCACUGCAAUCGCAUCUUUCCAUGAACAGAUCGUUGCGGCCAAAGGAGAAAAGGACAAGAUUAUACCUCAAAUCCCCAUUAUUUUGGUUGGAAACAAAAGCGACUUAGACGAUGAACGAGAAGUUUCAUAUCAGAACGGGAAAAAAAUCGCUGCCACCUUAUCUUGCUCAUUUUUUGAAACCUCUGCCAAGAAUGACAUCGGUGUCGAUGAAGUAUUUGCCAACCUGGCAAAACAGAUGAGGGAAUCUAGAGCGGACUCUGUCCGAAAAGCUUUCAUAAAAGAUCGACAUAGAUUCUCUUUGCGGAAUCUGUCGCUAAAGGAGAGGAAGUAUAAAGAGAGGCUGCAGGCUUUAAGGACAGGUGAGACAAAGUCCAAGCUAUCAAGGAGAGCCACUGGAAGAUUUAGGGCACUUAUUUGUGGAGCAAGAAGUCUGGGUACGACUGAUGGAUAGAAUUUUGUGUCGCAGUUUUGUCUAUUGUGUAAAAAUCUCUUGAUAAAAAUCUCUUUCCAACCCUAUAAUGGAAUAUGUAGUACGAAAUACCAUGAAGGAUUUAAGUCAGUAUCAUUCAGUGGCAAGAUGAAUGAGGUCCCUCUCCAAAGGUCAGACAACUCAGUAUAAAUUUCAUUAUGACCUUUAUUGGUCCAUCGACUCACGAUCGUGAUUUACCUGAGGGAGGUUUCAAACACUGAUAUACAUGAAAAGGAACAUAAAUUAAUCUAGAAUUGAAGUUCUCUGAGGCUGGAAUUGUGUAGUUUUAAGUCUUCAUGAGUUUGAAGCCUUUCGUUAUGUGUCUCGUAGUUGCAUGCUGCAUCUUUUUGAAACUUAUAUCCUGAACUCUACAAAAGCUUGCCAUGUUACAAAAUUUUAAUUUUUUUAGAUAAAAUAUCAACCUUUCUAAAGAUGCUACGACAAUGUGUCAAGAAAUCUUUUCUACUCCGAGUACUAAUUUUAAUAUCAUGUUGCUAAAACAAGAAAGUCAUAUCUGUUUGCGACCUCUUUAAAUGGUACUUUUAAAUAUCACAAAGGUGAAGCAAAACGGCGACGCUGAUGAGCAUUAUAGAAGCACCUGCAUUGAGGCUGGCUUAAAACUGAGCUUUCGGUCCUUAGUUUUUGUCCCUGCUAUAUUUAACAAAUGGUAAACACCACAGCGUACACUAUUGAGUUAUGGAUGCACGCGAGAUGGCGGCUAAGCACGAACGAAUCGUAAGAGUCGCUCGAGGCGAUAACCGAGAGCGACUCUAGCUUCUUAAGUGCUUAGCAAACGUCC